UUUCUCAUCGUUGAUAUGCGUAAUAUAAUAAAAAAAGGACUCACCAGAAAUUCUUGCCUUUGCGCCGAAGACGUCGAUGUGCGUUUUGCCCAGGAAGAUCAAAAGGAAAAAAUCAACGUAGAUGCUAAUAUAAUCGUUGAAAAGUGGCGUUUGCACAAGGUGCAAUCUCCGAUCGAACUCAAACAUGAAGAAUCAAAUGAGUGCGACCACUUUGAACCUCUUGAGUUCCAUGGACAUUGGGAUGUCGCUGGAUCAGGCAACUUGUUCAAUAACGGUUUUACAGCAACAUUAACUUUUUACGAUCGAGAACUGCCCGUCUUAAAAGGAGGACCUUUGUUAAAUGAUAACUUCGUCUUUGAACAACUGCAUUUCCACUGGAGCGACGAUGACCACAGCGGUUGUGAACAUAUCUUCGAAGGACGAGCAUAUUCUAUGGAAGCUCAUGCUGUUCACUACAAUCAAAAGUACAAUUCUUUUAAGGAAGCCNAUUAA